CGGUUUUGUAAAUGUAGUGUAUUCAUCUUCAUUGCAUCAACCUACUACUUGUCCAUUUAGUAGCCGAUCAGCAAAAUCUAUCAGUCAAGUUUUUUGUACGGAAGAUAACUGAGCACGGCAGAAUGCUCAAUUUCGGGCGAUUAACAGUGUAGUGGAUUUACCUUCGGCUGUCCAAUUUUGGUGCUCUUCACAAGGACGAUUGUUCCCUCGGACAAAAAAUUCAACAAAACGAUCGGUCACCAUCCAGAAGGAAGUCAACAUUCGCUCUCUGAAGCCGAUUAUAUGACAUUUGCUUUACCCGUUCCGCACUCGGAUCGCCGCCAAACCUGCUAGACCCAACUAGAACCAUCCAGCAGAGCAGCCAAUUGCCGCAGCAUGAUUCAAGGUUACGGCCCCGUAACGCAGGCCCUGCUGGGAACCCUGCUGACCUGGGGACUGACGGCCCUCGGUUCCGCAAUGGUGAUAUUUCUGCGCGGUAACCAGCGCAAAUCGUUGGACAUCUCGCUGGGAUUCGCCGCCGGAGUAAUGGUUGCCGCUAGCUUCUGGUCGCUGCUAGCGCCCGCAAUCGAACUGGCCGAAAGCUCCAACAUGUACGGCAGCAAGGGUGAGUUUGCCUUCAUACCGGUGGCAAUCGGAUUCCUGCUGGGAGGCAUUUUCGUCUACGGUACCGAUAGAGUUAUUUCGUUCCUGGGCAUCAACAGCCCGACCAUGAUGAUUGCGCUGACGCACACCAAUAAGGACAAGGCAGAUAUUGCGAUUGACGAUCAGGUUUCUUCGUUGGAACACGGUAGAAGCUCGUACGCCGGUGUUACUCCCAACCCACAGGACAAUUCCCUAUCCAUCGGAAUGGACAGCUUUGCCGAUUGUCUGAACGCACAGCACGAAAGCGUAUCCAGGAAGCGCAGAAAGGGUUGCGACAAUUUGAAGGAACAAUCUCUCUACACUAAUGCCAACCAAAGCCAGAUUGACGCUCAACUGUCUCAGUGGAAAAGAAUCAUGUUGCUGGUUGUGGCCAUUACCGUACAUAAUAUUCCCGAAGGAUUGGCCGUUGGUGUAAGUUUUGGUGCCAUUGGAACAACUGAGUCGGCGACUUUCGAAGCAGCCCGAAACUUGGCUAUCGGCAUCGGCAUUCAAAACUUUCCGGAAGGACUCGCUGUCAGUCUACCGCUUCAUGCAGCCGGAUUUAGCCUAGGCAAGAGCUUCUGGUACGGUCAGCUGUCGGGGAUGGUUGAACCAAUCUUUGGAAUUCUUGGUGCCAUUGCAGUCAGCAUAGCUACUAUCAUUUUACCCUACGCUCUGUCGUUUGCCGCGGGCGCUAUGAUUUAUAUUGUUGCGGAUGAUAUUUUACCGGAGGCACAUGCUAGCGGCAAUGGUCAGUUGGCAACCUGGGGAACCGUUGCCGGUUUCGUUGUGAUGAUGUGCCUCGACGUUGGGCUCGGUUAAAUCUCUACUUGAUCUGCUGCUUAUUACAACCGCAUAAACCAUUGUGAUUCGACUGUUGAAAUGUACUUCAAUUGCGUAAGUAUUACCUGUAUUCGUUAGAAUUUGCUUAGUAGUGUGAGAGACGAAAAACCAGACAAAAAAGAAGCAACGUCUUUUUAAUUCUCUCAUGAAAUGUGGCAUUAAACGUUAGCAUGUUGCAAUCACCUACAACACACAAACAUGAACUGUACAUAUUGGAAAAAAUUCAACGCAAAACGUAACGUUUUUCCUUUUUAUUUUAUUCAAGUUUACUUAGUAUACUGUACAAAUAAAUUUUAUGACA